AUGAUAAACUCAAUUAAGAACUAAUUUAAGCAAUAGCUUGAAUUACUUCAGGAUAAGAAGUACAAAAAGCCAGCUUUUGAAGCUUAUGAUAUGAAAAGAGCCUUUGUCACUUUGGAUCAAGCCUUUGAAUAUGUUGGUGACAAUUCCAAAUAUCAAUAGAGGAUCACAUUAUUAUUAUGCAUAUAAUUUUUGUUUUACUCAUUUUUUGUUAUGGGUAUGCCGUAUUUGUUAUAAAAUCCUUCCAAAUAUUGCACUGAUGGAAUCUGCAUUGAAUAUCCCAAUUGUAACAAUAGAAUAGAUAGUUUAAUUGGAUUUGACAGUAUUGCGAAAGAAUUUGGAUUAUUUUGUAAUGGUAGGAAGGCCUUUAUAGCUGCAUUAUUUUUUGUUGGUUAAAUGUUUGGAGGCUUUACAUUUCCAAUAUUGGCAAACAUUUUUGGAAGAAGAAAGAUUUUAUUAUUUGGAAUGAGUUUAGGUUCGAUAUCUAUUUUUGUGGGAUCUCUUUGUGAUAAUUUAUUAUCUCUUUAUGCCCUCUUCUUUAUUGCAGGAUUUGGGUUGAGUGGCUAUGAGACUGUCGUUUAUGUGUACAUUACAGAAAUAAGUGCCUUAAGAUUUCGAUCUAUUGCUAGCUCCUUGUUAAUUGUUAUAUGGAGUUCUUCGAUGCUUAUAUACCCAUUUAUAGUUGACAUUUUAUAGUCGUGGCGACUUUUAAUGAUGUGGAGUAUCGGAGUUCCUCUACUAGUAACGAUCGUAUUGGAUUAUUUUUACUUUGUAGAAUCACCAAGAUGGCUUAUUUCUAAAUAGUAAUAUGACGAAUGCAGAAGAGUAUUUAGAUUUAUGAGUAUUUUUAAUAAAAGAAGACCAUUUGAAUUCAACUUCAUGGAAGAAUUAGAUAAAUUCAACAACCGUUGUGUAAAGGUGGCUUCAAUGAAAAAAGUGGAAACUUAAAUUAAAUUAAUACAACAAUCUAAUUAGACUGCAGGAUAUUGGGAAUUGUUUAAAAGAUCAAAAUUACUGACCUAAACUUUAAUAUUGGUUUAAAUGUGGUUUUUGAGAUAUUUCACAUAUUAUGGUCUACAAUUUUCGGUAUCUACAUUUGGAAUAUCUAUGACAACUACGUUGAGAAUACUGGCCUUGGUUGAAUUAACGACUGGAAUGUCAAGCUGUAAAUUUAUUUAUUUUAUCGAUUAGUGUAUUUUAAGUUGAAAUACCCUCGAAUCAUUUCAUUGUAGUUUUGCCUACUCACAAUGAUUUUGAGUGCCACAUUAGCAUACAUAGAUAUACCCUUAGAAUGCUAGGGUACUUUAUGCUGGCAACAAGUCCUUCAUUUGGUCAGUGCUAUAUUAAUCAAGGCAAGUAUCACUAUUUAUAAUUCAAUGCUUAAUACCUAUACAGGAGAAGCCUAUGUGACAACUGUCAGAUCAUAUGGGUAUGGAGUUUGCAUGACUUUUGGAUAACUAGGCAGUACAUUUGCUCCUCUGUAUGUGUCAUAUGUGUAGGAGAUUUAUCAAUAAGCAAAUGCAAUAACAAUAGUUGGGUUGUUAGCAUUACUUGCUCUUGGAUUAACAUGGUGUGUACUAAUCUUAAUAAGCCAAAUUUAGGUUUUUACAAGAAACUUACAAAAAGGAUAUGUAUGAUAAUUUGACAGAUGAAGUAAUGGCAACCCAAACCCUUCCCCUGAUUAAUCAGGAAAUGUAAUUUGAUGAAAUCGAACUUUAACAAAUAAGAUGA